AUGUCUAACCCACAAGAUUAUCCUGACACUCUUCCACCACCAUCUCUCUCAAAUUCAUCCUCGUCUACUCCACCCAGUGUAUCUCCAAAACCUAGGUUUCGAAGGCAGAAAAUGCUUGCUCGAAAAACUGUAGCAUCUGGGGCUCUGAGGAAGGUUUUAAUUGAAAGGUUGAAAGCUAGCCAAGUGAAAGAAAGCCCAGCUCCAAAGUCUGAUUCUAGCUCUGAGUUUGAAUCCUUUCAAUCCGGGACUGAGGGAAAUGGACAUGGGUCUUCUGACUCAGAAAAGACUCAAGAAUCUCCUUCGGAGGUUGGAGCAAGUUAUGACCCAAAGAAAUGCAAAGCUACUACACCAAAAUCCUCAAAUGUUCCCAAGCCAUCCAAGAAAAGAAAAGCCUCAUCCCCAACACAUACUGCCUCUUCAGUUCCUAGCGGUAGAGCCACAAAAAGCAGGGUAAAACAGAGUGAAACUGAACUACAAAAGGCUUUUAAAGAAGGCAGGAAAAAGAAAAAGGAUAAGGGAAAGGGAAAAGUUGCAAAAUCCUCAAAGGUUGUUGAGGAAGAAGAGAUGGAACUGGUCCAUCAAGUGAGGGGUACAACAGUGGAGGUUCCUACACCCAAGCCAAAUAAACCCAAGACUUCCUCCAAGAAGUCCUCCUCUAUGCCUGUAGCUACUGAACCUACACUAGCCAAGAGGACAAGAUCUGGAGUGAAAGCUAAACAAACAAAAGUUUCUGAUGAUGAUGAUUAG